CCAAACCAAUUUCCCCCCUCUCUGUCUCCAGUGUGUAUUAUGCCGCCAAUCACUCGCCACCAUUGAGCAAAUCUUUUAAUUCCAAAUCAAUUUUUCUCUUCUACAAUCACAAAAAGUUAUCACAAAAUACAAAAUCAUGAAAUUACUUUCUCAUUUCCAGGCUGUGAUGACUAGUCCGCGUGUCAUUUCUUUGCUUCCAUGCAAGGCUCCAACUCUUCCAUCAUAAGCCCAAAGCCACCAUCAAUAUUGAAGAUUUUAGAGAGAGAGUGUGUGUGUGUGUGUUCAGUACGUGUCCUAUUUUAUCGGAGCAUACAUCACUGCCAAACAGCCAUUUAUCUCUUCACUUGGAUACUUUUCUUAGGGCAAAUGAAAAGUUCAAUCGAGUUCAGACCAUUCUUUCAUGAGGGUUCUUUUUAACACUUUUUCAAUUACCGGAUCUCGUUCUUGCUAAUCCAUCGUGUUUUUUUUUCUUCUUUUCCUGAUCUAAUUUUCAAUGAUUCUCUGUUUCUAUAGAAUCUUGGGUAUUUUUCUCUUAAUGGGAUGUUAGAUUUAGCGUUACUUUUUUAGGAAAAUUGACUUUUCUUGAAUUUGCUCAUCUGAUUUUUAGCUUUUAGCAAAUAGCAAUGGAGGAAGUGCAAGAACAGAGGCAUGUCUGUAAGAUAUGUAGCAAGAGUUGCGUGAGUGGUAAGUCAUUGGGAGGUCACAUGAGGGUUCACUCAGCGUUUAUUUCAGCUAUGAAAAGAGCAGCUGAAGUGGAAUUUGACAGCCAAAUGGAUUUGGAAGGGGGCGAUGAUCAAGAGGGCAGUUUUCAGAACUCGAAGAAUCAAUCAAACAGUAAAUUUCUAGAUCAAGAAAAGAUCAAGAAUUGUGGGACCAAUAUAGGCUUGGGAGAUGAUGAUCCGAAAAAUAGCUACGAAUUAAGGGAGAAUCCAAAAAAAUCUUGGAAGAAUUUUGAUACAAAACAUGGAGAUACACCAAGGGAUGGAACUUGUAAAGAAUGUGGCAAAGUGUUUCCCUCUUUGAGAGCUCUGUCUGGUCAUAUGAGAUGUCAUUCAAUCAAGAAAACCACGGAGAAUCAGAAUCACUGUAAGGAAUGUGGGAAAGGAUUUGACUCAAUGAGAGCCCUGUUUGGUCAUAUGAAGAGUCACUCCAACAAAUCAAGAAGAGUCACUGAUGAAUCUCCUGAGGGUUCAUCAGACUUGGGUAAUUUGUGUCCUCUUCGAAGAAAGCGAUCGAAGAUAUUGUAUAAGAUUGAUCCUACUCCAUCAUCUAGUGGAGUUGAAUUUGGGGAAGUAGAAGAGGUGGCUCUGUGUUUGCUAAUGCUGUCUAGGGGUGUGAAGAAUUGGGAUAGGUCUAAUUCAAUUACAGAAUCAACUGGUAAUGAUUCUGCAUAUUUUAGAGAUGAAUCAGUUUGUAAAGAUAAAGAAAUUGAAAUGAAUGAUGGUGGAGAUUCCUCAUUCGAUGGAGAUAAGGUGUAUAAGAUGGAUAAAGCAGUAGGAAAGCUCGAUCCUCACGUUCUUGACUCUCAAAUUGAGAUGAAAGUUGAUUCAGAAAUUUCUGAAGAUGAUGUGUUGAAAUUUAGUUGUUGUGACACAACAAUAGUUGGUGGUCAUGAUCCUAAAAUGUUAACAGAUUUUGACGAGAAGUUUGACUUGAAAAUGCUUGGCGGUAUCUCUUCAGUCGAGGUGGACACCUGCUCGUUAUCUGUUGCUGAAGCUAAUUCCAAGAUCGAAUGCAAUGUUAUUGCAAGUUUUCAGUGUCCAAUAUGCUUGAGGAUCUUUUCAUCUGGCCAAGCUUUGGGUGGUCACAAGAGGGCUCAUUACACUGAAUUUACCGGUAAGAAAACCAUUGAAUCUGUGGCAAUGGAUGGCGAUUUAGAUCUUAACUUACCUCUUCCUAUUGAUGAAAGCGAAAACGAUGGUGUUAAAAUCAGUCAAUGGUGGUUCGAGACUUGGCAUGAGCCUAAGGAGGAGCCGAUUAUCACAGAUUGAGAAACUACACAGAUUGAGAAACUAACUCAAUCCACAUUUUCCAUGAGGUGAUGCAUUGAUAUAACUGAUUCAGUUGAUCAAGAUUCAAUUCAUAUUUUAGAUACAUAUUUUCAAUACCUUUCCAAUUUGCAGAUGUUCAUAGUAUAGUGAAUUUCCUUUUAGUUUCCAUGUCUUUGUCUAGUAUCAACAAGAUGAAACAUUCUUCAUGUCCUAUAUUGAUCGAAUUGAAUUGAAUUACUUGUGCUUAUCCACAUUGAAUCUUGUAAAUUUUCGUUGCAAGCUAUACGGGAACUUUAUAAUGCAAGUUUUGUAUGUCGAACUACUCGACUAUCAGACUUAUGGCUAUAUUGUA